GAUUAAAAGAUCGGCAUGCAGUGCAUCCACCGAACGCCCCUCACGAUGGUAGUUCGUGCUCUUGGAAUAGUGCUCCUUUUUUCACUUGUCGCGACCCUUUCAGGGUUGCCGACGCUAGACCCGGCGAAUACAUAUGAAGAACACACGUUGUCGACCGAAUUACGGCCGCCGCCGCUUGAAGAGAAGGAACGCCAUGCCACGGUUUACAUAAUUAACUUGUACGCUGUAAAAAAUAACAGCGGUAAUACGGAAGAGGAAAUAUUUGAAAAUGAAAUUAUCGAAACUAUUCCUGACAUAUUAGAACCGUUGGCCACUGUUCUUCUAGUAAUAGAAGAUGAUGAUGAAGAAAGAGAAAGACACUCACCCGCCGACCUCGACGAAUUCGCAGCAGAAUUGGAAAGUGAAGGUAUCAAGGUCGACACGAUCAAAAUGGACAAUAAGUCAAAAGUGCUCAAAAUAAAAUUGGAAAAGGCAAAGGCGCAGAGUAUGAUAGAAUCGGCUUCAAAGCCGAUUCACGAGAAAAAAGAUCGACAGAAGAGAACUAUCUGUUUGAAGUGUGGAGGUGGCGGAGGAUACGGAGGAGGAUACGGAGGUGGGUAUCCAAGUGGAGGUGGAGGUGGAGGCUGUCCCACCUGCGGUGGAGGAGGUUAUCCUUCUGGUGGUGGUGGUGGGCACCGUAUAGCAGUUAUACCGGUUGUAGUCGUACCUAUUACAGGAGGCGGAGGCCAUUAUCGUAGAGGUGGCCAAGGAAAUUAUUAUCCAAGCGGAGGCGGAGGGGGCGGCUGUAGUACUUGCGGUGGUGGUGGUGGCGGCGGUGGUUCGUAUUCCCAAUCUUCUGCUUCUGCUUCGGCGCAAUCUUCUUCUGGAAGUUGGGGGAAAAAAUGAGCAGAACAUGCAUAAUCACAUAAACGUAUUGCCAUUAAUGAUUUAUGCUGCCUUCAUCUUCAAUAUCCGUCUACAGUAUAUAAAAUUUUUCAAAUACUUCGCAAACAAAUCUCGAACGAACACUAUAACACUCAAUAAUACUCCCAACAUAUUUGUAAUAUAACGCAUUCGUUUAUACAACACACACUUGUAUUGGCGCGUGUUAGCUGCAAGUAAAUAAAACAAGUUUGGCUCUAACAGAG